CACGACACAACGACGUCCACGUUUAUAGAUAAGGGGCAACAGUUUAAGAUCUAAGCUGGUUCUGUUAGUAUCGUCCAUCUUGAGUAAUAAUAUGAUGCUUUAUACUGUAUUAGCGUUAGCCGUGGUCUGUGGAAUUUCUGAGGCUGUGGUAUGUAAAACAAAAGAUGACUGCGGUGCGGGAGAAUGCUGCUACAUCCAGCCCGAGUUUCUCGUGGCUAGCAAGAGACUAUUAGUCCUUCCUCCUGUACAUCAGCAUCAUGAUACAGGUGUAUGUGAAAAAUACCGUUUACAAGAUGACCAUUGCUACCCCCUUGAGACCGCAAACGGACAUUGUGGCUGCGGUUCUGGACUAAGUUGUCAGUGGGUUCCAGAUCCGACGGUGACAGCUGGACAUGUUAGGCGUAGUCAGAUUUAUCACCCAGGACCAGGAGCCUACCGAUGCGCACCAAGGCAGUAGUGCAUUUAUAAAAUGGGAAUACAAAACAAUAUUAUCAAAAAAAUGUUAAAAAAUAACAGGUUUUUUUUCAAAUUACAGGUCCUAAGUUGUUAAAGGCCUAAAUCCACUCUCACACCUAAAUCCAGUAAACAAAUGCAACCGUAUGUGCUGCUUAUAUUAUCAGUGUCCAUGUAAUAGUAGUUAAUUGGAGGGCAAGUAGCACAUUAGUUCCUCACGAUACAAUGAAGUUGUGUACAAUGGAGUUGAGAGAUAUCCUGUCAUGAAUGUAGAAUAAUGAUUAUGAUAAUGAUAAUAAAUAAUAAUUGAGCCGCACCAUGAGAAAAAAAUAGUGCAUUUGCGACCAGCAUGGAUCCUGACCAGCCUGCGCAUCCGCGCAGUCUGGUCAGGAUCCAUGCUGUUGGCUUACAGUUUCUUUAAUUCCAAUAGGCUUUGGAAGCGAACAGCAUGGAUCCUGACCAGACUGCGCGGAUGCGCAGGCUGGUCUGGAUCCAUGCUGGUCGCAAAUGCAUUAUGCUGGUUUUCUCAUGGCGCGGCUCAAUUCAUCAUGUUCAUGUUCACAAAUGAAAAGCGUGAUCAUCUGCAGAUGUAUUGACUUACAGUUAAUUCGAUACCUUUAAAAGUACAUAUCUGCCUCUUUUCGAUGAAUUCUGUUUUCAAUGCGCAAGUUCAUGAGAUAUCAAUUACUUAUAGCAUUUUCGGGUGCUAUUUUUGUACAUUAAAACCAAUUUAGAAUAGUAUAGCUUAAAUAAUUUCAGAAAGGUCAUAACUAUUAAUAUUUAGAUUGAAAUGGGACCAUUUAGACAUAAAAUAAAAUGAACACUA